GAGUUACUUUAAGAGGUACACAUUAAAUAUAUUCCCAAAACUAAAUAUAGAAUUGUAGUUUUAAGGAUUUUUAAACAACUAUGUUUCUGUAUUCGCUUUCCUUGAUUAUACUGAGUCUUUCAAUGAAUGGGUUUUGCCAGAUGGGCAAAUCGAGCGUAACACAAGACGGUGAUAGCAACUCGGGUAGUAUUAGUAUGGGACCACCUGAUUUAAGUGACGAAGAAUCUCAAGCAAACUAUAUGCCUGAUUUUCUUCGUUGUGAAGCUUGCACAGGGAUUUCGGAAAGAUUCGCCACUACACUACAGAAAAAUAUCGACAAAUCAAAAGCUGUCAAGUCUGGCAAGAAGGAACUGGGAGAGGAAAAAUUGCUCGAAAUAUUUGAAGGAAUUUGUUCCGAUAAGGAAUGGAACGGGUAUGGGAUCAAGGAGGUGAAUGGAAAGAAGAGGAUCGUUUAUCCAGGCAGCGACGCGGAGGAUGUACCAGGAAUUAUGCAAGGAGGGGGACCUUGGCCGAGGAGACUUUCUGAUAUGUGCCAUUCUUAUCUGGGAGAAUAUGAGGAACAUGAACUGUACACGACAUACGUACAGAAGAAAACUAAAGGAUUGAAAAAACUUUUAUGUUCGAGCGUUUGCCGAAGCUCUUCAAAGUCAUCGCAUAAAAAGAAGAAACCAAGAAAAACGGAACUUUAAUAAAAUGCACCGAGUUUUAAAUGUUAGACAAAAAACAUAACAUAGCAAUUCACGUAUCAGCAAACGAUGUGUUGAUACACACCGCAUUUAUAUUUCUUCUGUUACGGUCUGAUACGCCAACGAUAAUCGUGGUAAAGUUUUGACAUAGACGAGCCUGGAAAAUAUGUUAACAUUGCAAUUAGUAUAUUCUGGGCAAUAAAACAGGAUUACAGAAAAUGCCAUGAAAAGCAUGAAGGCAUCACAUGUGUUCGUUUCACAUUGUAAUCGUUUUUCAAACAUUUACCGAAAGCAAACAUUACGUAGCUGCAAAUAUUGCUAUCUCAUAUACAAUUAACAGUCUAUGCGAGACUAUAUAGUUAUAAUAAUACACAAACACAAACUAUA